UGCACCUGGAUACAGUCCCUGUGUGAUUUAAUGCUGGAAAUCCUUGCGGGUUCAUAACAAAUACGUGAGGAGCUAAAGACGAAGAAAAGAAGGGAAAACAGAAAGAAAAAGGAGCAAGUAAAAUCUAUCUUUUGACACACAUUGAGUAAAUAUUCGUGUAUGAAUAAAGAUUACACAUAAGAAAUAAGGAAAAGAAUUGUUGCAGAAGAGGAUUCAUCUGAAACAGAGGAUAAAGAGCUGGAUAAUGUGAAGGAGAUCAUCAACUACAUAUAAAGUACAACAGUCUUCCAUGACAGCGCACUUUCUAACUUUGGAGUCUCUCUUAUAAAGAAAUACCAUAUGUCUGAAAUUCAUAAGCACAUAAAAAGGUUUGGGUAAAAAUAAUUGAAGGUAAUGACACUACCUUUGAUCAAACUUGUAACUUUGACAAUCAAACAGCUAUCCAAGCCUUUAGCUAAUGGAAUAAAGAACUCGGUAAAAACACACUCAAGGUUGUCAAGAGCUAUAGCUUAUCCCGCACAAGGUUACCAUAAACUUGAACAAACUGUGCGAAUGCGUUUGAUGGGAUGGAAUAAAAAAAUUGAAGUAAAACCUUUAUCUGAUGAAGCAGCAGUAAAUUUGGGAGCAGAACUUCUUGGAGAAUUUGUUAUUUUUUCUGUUGCUGUAGGUACGCUCUAUGCAGAAGUUAGAAGAGGUCAAGCGAAGGAUAGGAGGAAAGAAGAAGACCAAAAUGCUAAGCUAGUUAUGUUAAAGGAACAGAUAACUGAAUUAUCAGUUGAACUUUCUAAACAGCUGCAUGAAAAUACGGCACUAUCUAAAAAAGUUGAUCUGUUACAUGAAUCUAUAAACACUAGAAAAAACAAAUAGAUAUUGAAACCUGUACAUAUUGUUUAGUUAGUAUAUUUAUCCACAUGUCGUGAAUGAUUUAACUUUUGAAAAUGUUUUUAUAUUAAAUUUUAGUAACAAAAUAAAUUUAUGUUUAGAUUUU